UUCGAGCUCGAGUUCGAAAAAUCGAGUUGUAUUGUAUUUCACGUUAAAAACAUUCCUGUCUAAUUAAUCUGUAUAGCGCACAGAUGAGACUUAGCGUUCUCUUGUUAUCAUCAUUAAUGUUUAAUCGGCCUUUGUUUUAAUUAGUGAGCCUCGCGUUGCAGACUCAUAACGCGUCUGUUGUCGUGUUCUUUGUAUCAGUGAGGCCAAUAGUAUCUUGGUAAUAAAAUUAUCAAGAUUAUGUGCCUGGUUGACAGCUGAAUUGAUCGAGGGAUAGAAGAUAAGAUUUCAUUUUGUGUAAAUAAUUAAUCAGAUUGUCUUAGCCAUGAGUGAGCGUCCGCAACCGUUGAAAGCCGUCAACCGGUUUUUCGAAGGGAAGGAGCCAUGGCAGAUCGUAACCAUGACCGCCUCCUCCAUACUAGCAUUAGUUUGGGCACACAGUCUAUACAAUGCCAAAGAAAGCCCCACCACAAGACUACGUAAACAAUUCUUCCAUUGGCUGCGCCAAUUACCAAUAGUGAGGAAGACUAUAGAGAAGAAAAUGGCAGAAAUCAAUAAAGAUUUCCGCAAGGACGUCAACAAACGCUUGGCUGGUGUCACGGUUAGGAGAGAGCUGCCGGCUACUGGGCUGAGUCCUGAACAAGUGGCUGAAGAAGUCAGAGACCACCUCAGUCUAGGUAAUUAUGACUGGAAGAACGGCAAUGUGUCCGGGGCAGUGUAUCACACCAACGAAGAGAUUGCCAAAGUCGCCUGCGAUGCGUACGCUCUGUCUGCGUACACCAACCCUUUGCACUCGGAUGUAUUCCCUGGGGUCAACAAGAUGGAGGCUGAAAUUGUGCGCAUGGCUGCCAAUUUGUUCCAUGGAGACGACAACUGUUGUGGGACGGUCACAACAGGCGGUACAGAAUCCAUCAUAAUGGCGUGCAAAGCGUUCAGAGACUACGCUUACAGCAAGGGCAUAUCCAACCCUCAGAUAGUGGUGCCCACUACAGUCCAUUCCGCCUUUGAUAAGGCUGCGCAAUACCUGGGAUUAUCUGUGAAGUCGGUACCAGUGGACCCUGAGACGUUGUGUGUUGAUAUCGCGGCGGUCAAGAGGGCCAUUGGCAGGAGGACCUGCUUGAUCGUAGGCUCAGCGCCGAACUUCCCCUACGGAACGAUGGACGACAUUGCGGCGUUGUCAGACAUCGCUCUAGAGUAUGACGUGCCUUUGCACGUAGACGCGUGCCUGGGAGGCUUUGUGGCGGCGUUCAUGGAGCGUGCGGGUCACCAUGUACCACCAUUUGACUUCAGACUGCCUGGCGUUUGUAGCAUGUCAGCUGAUACGCAUAAGUACGGAUAUGCGCCAAAAGGCACCUCAGUGGUUUUGUACCGCAAACCGGAAUACCGGCACUACCAGUAUACCGUCACGACCGACUGGCCCGGCGGCGUAUACGGCUCACCCACUGUCAACGGCAGCCGCGCGGGCGGCCUGAUCGCGGCGUGCUGGGCGACGAUGAUGCACGUGGGAAUGGCGCGCUACGUGCAUAUGACGGAUGAGAUCAUCACCACCACACGAUACGUGGAGCAGGAGCUACGCAAAGUCGAAGGCAUCUUCAUUUACGGUAAACCAGCGACUUCCGUCAUCGCUUUCGGCUCGAAGAGGUUCGACAUCUUCAAGCUGGCCGAAUCACUGCACAAGAAAGGAUGGAGUCUGAACGCUUUGCAGUUCCCUUCAGGCAUCCAUAUCUGCAUAACGCACGCACACACGGCGGAAGGCGUGGCUUCCCGCUUCGUAACCGAUGUACGCAGCGCUGCGCACGAGUGUCUUACUACCUCCUCCGGGCCUGUGGAGGGAAAGAUGGCAAUCUACGGUGUCGCCCAAGAGAUAUCAGACAGAAGCCUCGUAUCUGACAUCACCAAAUACUUCAUCGACUCCAUGUACUAUCUACCCGAACCAGAGUCUGAGGAAGACGCGAAGAAAUAAAGCAUUCCACUACUAUUCCUAUUGAAGCGUUUUAAAUAAUCACAAAUAUUUGUAACUAUUUUACAAAUAAAAGAAGGCUAGUACCUAUAACAAUUUAAGAUAUCACAAUUGUAUAUACCUACUGUCCGUUCGCGAUAAGUUUGCCGCUGGCGAUAUGACGUCACUCGAAGGAAAGCGUCUAUAACUAGCAAACUAUAUUGAAAAUAUUUUUUAUUUAUUAAUAUUGAUAAAAAUUGUGUAUUUGCGUAAAAUAAAACACUUAAUUGCUUAAUCACGUUUAAUCACUAACUAAUUGCGUUUAAUCGCGGUUGGAGGAGGGGACGCGCAUUCCACGGACCGGCAAACUUAGCGCGAACGGGUAGUACAAGUAAGUAAAUAUUAAUUUCUAUUGUUUAAAAUCCGUGCGUCGUAUUCAUGCAAAUUGUAAUCGAUCCCUAAACCUUAAUAUUAUGUUUUGCUCCACUGUAUUUUAUUUUCUUUCAUCAAAACUACUUUUAAUACCGAUUAAUUUAAAUACCAUUUUUUUAUAUUGUAACACUUAUAUUGUGAUAUUGCCAGUAUAUAAAAUAAGUACAGUAAACAUAAAUUUUGUAAAGUUUUCUAGUCGAAAGUGCCACACACAAAUCGAAUUAAUUUGUUUUACAGUGCCACCGAUAAAAGUCACACAUUCGAGUCGUUUCAUUUUUAUUUUUAUAUUUACAUUUUAUUUGAUAUUUAUAUUUCUUCGUGUACAAAUAUUUUAAUUAGGUGGAUUGCUUGAAGAUAUUCAAGAUAAUAUUAAAAAAUAGAUGUGGUGUUUAAGGUUGUUAUUGACAGUGGAAUUUAAUUCCAUCUUUCACGCGUUUCUUGAAAUAUAAUUUUUUCAUGUUUUAAAACGAUUUUUCAUAGGUGGACUUAAUCUUUGUAGUUAACUAUCCAUACGCAAGGAUUAUAAAUAUUAUAAAAUAGGUUUAUUAUAAAAUCCGUUUAUGUAUUCAGUAUUGUAAAUAAUAUGCAAGCAUUUAAAAGUAGUGCAA